CACACACACACACAUAUGCACCCUACACAUGCACACACACACACACACAGGUAUGUAAGACUGAUCUCCUGUGCAGGUGCCUCGUUCCCCUGCACCAGCUGCAGGGUGGUGGCGGUUCCGCAGUUCCACCUGGCCCUGAACGACGGCUCCAUCCGCAACUUCUGCUCCUACAACUGCGUCCUCACCUUCCAGGCAAGCUUAAAUAAAGUGCCCCCUCAGGGCCAGGUGAACGGAAGCUCUGCUGCCCCGGAGCCCCUCUCGGCCCCCCCUUCUGGUGUGCCCCUGCCCCCCCAGACUUCUGCAACCCUGCCCCCGCUCUCUGCUCCGCGGCACGGACAGGCCCCACCCCUCGGACCUGGCCCCGUACAGGCCCCUCCCUCGCCGUCGCCUCGCGGUCACGGCCCUGCCCUUCCCGCCAUUUUGCCGCGUGGCCCCGCCCCUGCUCAGGCCCCGCCUUCCUUGGCGGGAGGCCCCGCCCCUCCCUCCCACGGCCUGGUGAAGCUGAGCUGCAGACAGUGUCGCCGACUCUUCUCCUCCAAACCAGAGCUGCUGCAGUUCAAGGGCCAGAUGGUGCUGUUCUGUGGGAAGCUCUGCACGGAGGAGUACAGGAAGCUGAACUUCGUGACUGCGAGGUGCGAGUACUGCAAGCUCGACAAGAUGCUCCGGGACGUGGUCAAGUUCAACCAUGUGGACCGCCCCUUCUGCAGCGAGGGCUGUAAGUUGCUCUUUAAGCACGACCUGGCCAAGCGGACGGGGAACCCGUGUCGGACCUGUGCCUACUGCACCAACACGGCCCAGAAGAUGAUCCAGAACCACUUCGGCGGGAAGCUGGAGGAGUUCUGCAAGGAGGAGUGCAUGGCUCUGUACACAGUGCUGUUCUACCAGAUGGCCAAGUGUGACUGGUGUCUGCGGCAGGGGAAGCUGCUGGAGUCUCAGAAGUGGCUGGGAGAGAUGAAGCACUUCUGCGACCUGUCCUGCCUGCUGCUCUUCAAUCACCAACAGAGCAGCACUUGCGAUCGGCAGCACAACCAGAGCAGCCAGAGCAGCCCCUACGAGCAGCCACAAGCCCAGACCAGCCCCUACGAGCAGCCGCAAGCCCAGACCAGCCCCUACGAGCAGCCAUACCCCCCGAGCAGCACCUACGAGCAGCAACACCCCCCGAGCAGCACCUACGAGCAGCAACACCCACAGCUCUCUGGCGCCAUCGCCCUUCCCCCGCACAUUCCCACAGGUGCCGUCCCAGCCUGUAUUGCCCCCCUGCCCCCCCCUGCCGGGGCACCUGCCGUGUCCCACCUCCCUGUCUACGCCUCCAAGGAAGCCACGCCCGUCACGCUAACUGGGGCUGUUCCCACAGCACUCAUCCAGGCCAGGAUCAAUGGAGACGCGAGCACGCAGACAGAUGCAAUGAAGCUCCCGGCCCCGCCCCGCAGGGUGCUGAAGAACAAGGCUCUGCUCUGCAGGCCCAUCAGCCAGAACAAGGGAACCAUGUGCAAACCACACCAGAAGAGUGUGGAGUCUCAGACAGAUGAAGUGCACGGGCAGAAGAUCCUGGUGUUGCCGGUUCCUGUACCUGUCUUCAUUCCUGUGCCGAUGCACCUGUACUCCCAGUACACCCCCCUCCCUGUGGGAUUGCCUGUACCGCUGCCUGUGCCGCUGUUUGUACCUUCCUCACUGGACCGGACUGAGAGCAGUGCACACCCAGCUCCGAACAGCCCCCCCGACCAGGAUAUGGCGGAGGAAGAGGAGGGGGAGAGGGACAAACCCAUCUCUUAUGGAGACCAGGGCAGCACGUACAGUGGGGAUUUGGAGUCGGAGGGCUUGUCCACGCCCCGCAGCUGGGAGGAGGAGCCAGCCCCCGGCACGCAGCGAUUGGGCCCCUCCGACCAGCAGGACUCUCCCGCCCCCUCUGCCACGCUCCCGUUACUGGACCUGGAGGCCGACUUCCCACUCGAGUCCUUGGAGCCAGAGUCCGGUAAAGGCCUGAGUGUGACCCUGCGACACAGAGGCAGCCGGAGACCCCGAGACAGCUUCCCCCCCAGGAAACGGGUACGACCCGCUUCCCCCGAACCCCAAGACCUUCCAUCCACAUCUGAACCUGAAUCUCAAGAUCGCCCGUGCACAUCUAAAUCUGAAUCUAAAGACUGCCCGUCCACAUCUAAACCUGAAUCUAAGAUCGCCCGUUCACAUCUAAAUCUCAAGAUCGCCCGUUCACAUCUAAAUCUAAAUCUCAAGAUUGCCCGUUCACAUCUAAAUCUGAAUCUAAAGAUCGCCCGUUCACAUCUAAAUCUGAAUCUCAAGACUGCCCGUCCACAUCUAAAUCUGAAUCUCAAGAAUGCCCGUCCACAUCUAAACCUGAACCUCCCGCGCUAUGAAACACUGGACCUGGUGAAGCGCCGGUGGGUCUCACUGGCUCGUCCUCCUGUCAGUCAUGUGCCCGGCCGGAAGUCUGCUUGGGGCCGUAAGCGGGCUGCAGCGAUGGUUGCUAGCGGUGUUGCGCGUGCGGCAAUGCCCCCUGCUGGCCGAUCCAAGCUGCUGCACAUGUACGGUGUCAACGCAUGGAAGAGCUGGGUACAGUCUGUGCGGGAAAACAGAGACAAAGAUGGCCAGCUCGCCUGGCGAGAGGAUGUGUUAAGGUGCAGCUCAGCUGAACUCAGUGUGGGGUUGUGCCGCUUCAUAGAGGAGGUGCGGAGGCCCAACGGUGAACGCUACACCCCCGACAGCAUCUUCUACCUGUGCCUGGGCAUACAGCAGUACCUGUUUGAGAACGGCAGGAUAGAGAACCUGUUCACUGACCCGCUGUACAGCGAAUUCAGCCUGCAGAUCACCAGCAUGCUGAGGGACUGGAAACCUGCUGCGGUCACUAACGGCUCCCUGCUUUCUCGGGUGGAGGAGGAGUUCCUGUGGGAGUGUAAGCAGCUGGGCGCGUACUCCCCCAUAGUGCUGCUCAACACGCUGCUCUUCUUCUGCACCAAGCUGCUGCACCUGCAGACCCUUCCGGAACACCGUCACCUGGCCUUCGCCUCCCUGCGCCGCGUCACCCGCCAGGACAGCCACGCCUCUUACCUGCGCUACACCCCCCCUCCCAAACCCCGCCCUGCCUCAGAAGCAGAGAUGACACCAUUGCCAGUGAAGAGGAGGCUGAAGGAGGCAGAGGAGGAUGAAGAGGAGGAUGUGAUGGAGAUGCCAGAGAACACAGAGAACCCCCUGAGAUGCCCUGUGAGACUGUAUGAGUUCUACCUCUCCAAGUGGUUUCCUGAAGUAACAAAGGAUGAAGGAAAGGAAGAUGAUCGGUCCUCCGCCCAGGUGGAUGCCGAUCUGGAAGACAGUGAUCAGGAAGAGGACGUGGACGAGGCUGACUUAGGCUCCAGUGGGUCUGAGUACAUCCCGUCUGGGGAUGAAUCGAGCGGUGACAGUUUCGGGUUUGAGGAGGUCGCGGUGAAAGAGGGCGCCUCGCUGGCGGCGGGCCCGAGCCCGGGCGACUCCGAGGUCCCCGCGCAGGACCCCCGGCCCAAGGGCCUGACGGUGAAGAGAUCCAACAAGGUGCCGAACGGAAAAAUAAAAUGGGACAAACGGCACUUCUGUGUCUACUGUAAGAAAUCGAACAGCAAAAUAACGAGACAUUUGGAGCGGAAGCACGCGGCUGAAGCUGACGUUGCCCACGCUCUGAGCUUUCCCAAAGGGUCCCAGCGCAGGUUACAGCUCCUGCAGCAGCUGCGCCACAAGGGUGAUUUUCGCCACAACGUCGCCGUGCUUAAAAAAGGAGACGGCGAGCUUGUGACCUGCAAAAAGCCCGGUUUCAGCGCAGCGGCCAGCGAUUAUCAGCCCUGCCAGUACUGUUUGGGGUUUUUUUUGAAAAAGGACUUGUGGAGGCAUCAAGGCAUCUGUAAAUUCAAGCCAGAAACUGAGGUCAAGACCAGGAAGCGAGUGCAGGCGAUUUCCUCCAAACUUCUUCCUUUGCCGAAAGAGAAUGUUGGCAGCUGCAGGGUAGUCCUGUGUAAGAUGCACCCGGACGACGUGUCGAUGCAGGUCAAAAAGGAUCCCCUCAUAUGCAAAUUUGGCGACAUGUUAUUUGCCAAGCACGGGCACAACGAAACCCAACACCAGUACAUUGCCAUGAAGAUGCGAGAAUUGGCCAGAUUUGUCCUCGCACUCCAGAAGAUGGAUGGCAACAUCGAGUACCUGCGAGACGUGAUUAUGCCGUCAAGAUUUGAUUUGGCUGUCGAAGGUGCGAGGAGAGUUGCGGGGUACGAUGCCGUCGCAGACACAUACAAAGCCUCGUCCGUGUUCCUGAAGAUCGGCUACUCCUUGAGGAAAGCGGUCGACAUUGCCGUUGGGGAGUCCAUCAUCAAUGAUGACGUCACAGCGGAAGGUAGAGGCAAAAAAUUCAUCCAGCUGCUGGAGUCCAAGUGGAACGCAUGCAUUUCGAGUCACACCCCCGGCUCCGUACCUCGAGGCAAAUUGAGCAGGUGUGAUGUAGUCCCUUUGACGGAAGACGUGAUGAAGCUUCAGACGUUCCUCUGGGAAUCUGAAGAAAACGCAAAAAGGGAGUUGGAGGGAAACCCCGGCCCAACUGCAUGGAGGAAGCUGAGCGAGGUCCUUCUUUUGGAAAUCGCCGUUUUUAACGGAAUACGGGAGGGCGAAGUCGCGAAAAUGCUCCUGGAGACGUACGUAAAACGGACGAAAACGGCCGCUGAUGCUGAGGAUGACGAGAGCCUAACGCCGCUUGAGCAGCACCUGGCUGAGAUGUGUACCGCGAUCGAGUUCCGGGGCAAAUUUGGAAAAAAAAUCUCCGUGCUCCUGACUCCAAGCAUGGCUGCAUCGAUUGAAGUUCUCAACAGUGCGCGGGGCACUGUUGGGGUGCUGCAAGACGAUCCCCACGUCUUCGCGAGACUCGAAGUGGAUCCUCCCGUCCGAGGGGGCCCCCGCCUCAGGAAAUACGCGGCUGACAGCGGAACCCAGUACCCCGAGCACCUGACCUCAGCCAAGCUGCGAAAACGCGUGGCCACGCUGUGCCAAGCGAUGCAUCUGAGGGAAGACGAGCUGGACCGAGUGGCGGAGUCUUCGGGCUACGAGCUCGGAGUCCGUCCGGAGUCCGGCAGCGUCUCAGAAAAUACGCCGCAGCUGACAAAAGUCAGAGAACUGCUCGUUGCCAUGGAGAAAGGAAUGUCAGCACAUCAUGGGAUGCCAUUGGAGGAGCUGCACUGUCCUGGCACGGAUCUACAGCCAAACAAUGAUAACCACAUCGCUAAGAUGGAGCCAGGUGGAAGUGAAUCCACUGAGCCCUCAAGUGAAUCCGGUCCAUGUCCUUCUGCACCUCCUGAGCCCACAAGUGAAUCCAGUCCAUGUUUCACUGCUCCCACUGAGCCCACAAGUGAAUCCGGUCCAUGUUCCACUGCUCCCACUGAGCCCACAAGUGAAUCCAGUCCAUGUUCUUCUGCACCUCCUGAGCCCACAAGUGAAUCCGGUCCAUGUUCCACUGCUCCCACUGAGCCCUCAAGUGAAUCCGGUCCAUGUUCCACUGCUCCCACUGAGCCCACAAGUGAAUUUGGUCCAUGUUCCACUGCUCCCACUGAGCCUGCAAGUGAAUUUGGUCCAUGUUCUUCUGCAACCACUGAGCUUGCAAAUGCUCCCAGUCCUUGUUCCUCAGCACCCACUGCACCCGAAAGUGAUGAUGGACUAAGAAAGCCUGACUCAAGCACGCCCAGGACUAGACAAAAGGCAGAGACAGGUGCAGACUCUGAAAAUGCCGCUGCACAGAAACGACAGAAGAAGAAGGGCUCGUGGACGGUCGCCGAGCAGACUGCGGUGAAAAGUGAACUGCAGGAGUUCAUCGCUCAGAUGAGGGUCCCUGGAAAAAAAGACUGCGAGGCCUGUUUAGAAGCGAAGCCGGACAUCCUGCACAACAGGUCCUGGAAAGACAUAAAGUACUACGUCUACAACACUAUUAUGUCCAACAGGAGGCGGGGUCAUACCUGCGUGGUAGAUGCCAGCGAAAGACAGGAGAGAGGGGAAGACGAAUGUAUGGCAAAAAAGAAAAAGGUGGGGUACAUGGAUAGAUAGGUUGGAGGAGAUGAGGACGGCAAGAAUGAGGGAGAUGGGUGAUGUAGAAAAAGAGGAAUGUAGAGAGAUGGGGGAAGGAAAGGAGGGGUAUGGCUGAAAAUGGGUUUGGAAGGCAACAGCGGAAGAGUUGAGUGGGUAGAGUGCAGGGUGGGCAGGAGGAGGAGGAGAAGCACUGUUAUACUGUCCUGCUUUACCUUCAGCCUUUAACAUGCGAGUUCACAAGUAUGCGAUUGGAAUGUUCUCAACUGGACAUUCUAAUGCUGAUGCAGCAAUCACUAAUAGUAACUGAAAGCAAUAGAGUUCUAGACCACUGACUUUGAAUUUCCAAAGAACGUACUCUCGAAAAGGGAUAGUGUUUUAUGCACUGCAUCAGAGGGUGGAAGAGUGGCCCUAAAAGUGUGUGUGUGUGGGGGGGGGGGGGUGUUGGUGGGAACCGGGAAACCUGUGAAGUAAAACAUACAUUCCAGUGAACUCAAGAGAUACAGAAAUGCAGAAAAGGGUUAUAAGAUGUCCUAUUGAUAUUUUUUUGAACAAUUUACCUCAGUACAUAAAAUCCCAAGCCAGUCCUACACCAGCUUUUGAGUGCAUCUGUUUCCACCAAAUGCCUGGCAAUCUAUUGUACUACACCAGAAUGGUUAAUAGAAGACACUACAUGGAAAUACAUUAUUGUUGUAAAAUUGACUUGUUGCAUGGAAACAACCUGCAGUAUAGCUUCCAGCGAAUGUCUGUGCCUUUUGCGUUUCCACCAUUGUCUCCUUCAGCUGUUUAAAGUUUGCAUCUAUGUUCGCCUAAGAUUGCAAUACGUUAAUUUUUAUUUCUCAAAAAAGUACCAGUUAAAAGUACCACUUAAUUUUCUUCAGAGCUGAAAAUGGGGGAGGCUCAGCAAAAAAAGCAGCUGUUUCUGUUCUGUAAAAUGGUAAAACAUACACACGCAAAUACCGGGGAAUAAAAUCAGAUUUUCUUUAUA